AUGUCGGGAGUCUCCUCUCCUCCCAUGAUUAGAUCCUUCUCCUCCUCCCUCUUCUUCUUGCUCCUGCUGACUUGCCUCCGUCAUUCUCUCGCCGACGACAUCGGCUCCUUCGUCUACGCCGGCUGCACGUCGACAAAGUAUCUACCGGGGACGCCCUACCAGUACAACCUCAAUUCACUCUUCUCGACUCUGGCCAACGCCGCCGGCUUCACCCCCUUCGCCAAUUUCACCUCCUCAUUCGCCUCCCCCCCCGCGGCAGUCACCGGGCUCUACCAGUGCCGCGGGGACAUCUCCAUUCCUGACUGCCAGACCUGCGUCAGGUCUGGCAUCCCCCGGCUCUCCUCCCUCUGCUCCGCCGCCUACGGCGGCGCCCUGCAGCUGCAGGGCUGCUACCUCCGCUACGGCAACGAGUCCUUCCUCGGCCAGUCUGAUAAGUCCAUCGCCUACCAGAAGUGCGGCCCCGGCGCCGGCAGUGGCAACUACGGCGACCUGAUCGGGAUGCGCGACUCGGUGCUGGCGGCCAUCAACGUCGGCGCGGGCGGGCCUUACCGGGUGGCGCGGGCGGGGUAUGUGGAGGGGAUGGCGCAGUGCGUGGGUGACCUGAGCGCCAUCCAGUGCGGCGGGUGCCUCGCCGACGCCAUCAACGCGCUGCGUUCCGCCUGCGGCCUCGCUGUCUCCGGCGAGGUCUACCUCGCCAAGUGCUACGCCAAGUACUGGUCCAAAGGGGGUUACGGGUCGCCCUCAAGCCACGGUAAGCAGUUUUCCGGCGAUGCCUUGUGGUUUCACUCUCUCCUCUUUCUCUCUUUCCGCUUUUCGUGGUAG